AUGUCUGAGGAACAACAACAACAGAAGACUCUUGCCCCAAAGCGUGAGUGCGGUCUCCACUCAUCAGGCAAGCGUGUUAACUUCGCUCGCAAGAUUGUCCACGAGCUUGUUGGCUGGCAACCAUAUGAGCGGCAUACAAUGGAUCUUAUCAAGAUCGAACGCCGUCGUGCAGCUCGCCAAUUCCUCAAGAAGCGCCUUGGCACACACCGCCGCGCCAUGAAGAAGCUCAACACUCUUGAAGAAGUUGUUCAGGAAGAAUCUCUCCACCACCACCACGAGUAA